GUGGCAGCAAGACGAGUCACAGCGUUCAGGCUGAACACAGGUCUAAAAGAAGGAGGAGGGAGAAGAGAAAGUAGCUGAAGUGCCGAGAUCUAGAUAGACUGCCUGGAUCAAGACAUCUUUCAGUCUGUUUUUCGGAAUAAAGGAUGGCGGUGAACACAGGGACGUCUCUGGUGUUGUCCAGCCUGUUGUCCGUGCUGGUCUUUGCAGGGAUGCAGAUGUUCAGCAGGCAGCUGGGCUCCUCUGAGUGGCUGACCAUCCUGGGAGGCUUCCUGGGCUCUGUGCUCUUCGUCUGCUCCCUCACUGCCUUCAAUAAUCUGGAGAAUCUUGUCUUUGGUAAAGGCUUCCAGGCAAAAAUCUUCCCAGAGAUUCUGUUGUGCCUGUUUCUAUCCCUCUUUGCCUCCGGUUUGGUGCAUCGCGUGUGUGUCACCACAUGUUUGAUAUUCUCACUCUUCGCCCUCUACUACAUCAACAAAGUAUCUGCAGCUCUUUACCAGGCUGCGGUUCCGGUGGCAACUCCCGCCAAAACCACCAGCAAGGGAAAGAGGAAGAACUAAAGCACUGAAACUGUCCGUUAUUGUCCAAACAGCCCUACACAUGGCGUCAGUGUACCACAGUGAAGCGAAUCAUUACACUGCAGUAACAUUUUCUUUAGAAGUUAAAAGAUUGUAUGAUUUCUACAUUCCAUUCAUUCCCAGUCAUUUUUAAGUCCCAAUCAGGUGUUUCUGGAAUGGCAUCACAGCUGCCCUAAGGCUAGCUGGGAGUUUAAAGAGCAUAUUAUUAAUGGACAUAUUUGUAUGUUUACGCAGUUGCAGUCUUGCAGCCUGCUUGUUCACAUGGAAAAGCCUGAGUUUCUUCAGUGGAAUAAUCUGGCCUCCCACUUACAGUGAUUCCUGACAGGAAAUGUCAAGAUAAGUCACUAUCUUGUCUUGCCGGUCAUAGCUGUGUGAAUUGGUUCCACUUACAAAGUAUUUUUGUUAAAGGAUUUGUUAUUAAAACACUGAAAAAGACUA